AUGGACGCCCUUAGUGUGCUUCUUGGCGACUUCGACAUCAAAAAUCACGAUCCGCGCGAAGUUGAGACCUUUCUCGCGCAACAACUACAAGCCAAGGACUCCUACGAUGCCUAUUUCAGCUCCAUGCCGCUGCCGGGCAGCAUCGUGGAAGACAUUGCAGAAAUCGAGGCACAAAUUUCAGCACAGGAACGCAAACUGCGAAGUGUACUUGUGGAAAAUAAAGAAUCAUUGUGCGACUCGCUAUGCAACGGUCAAGUAGAACCGCAAUUGACAGCGAUGCUUGCUCAAAUCGACCAAUUGUGGGAGCUAGAGAAGCCAGAGACGGUGGAAAAUUCCGAGCAAUCAUCGGGACAGCAUCGAGAUACCCUGGCGUCACUUUACGAUCCGCUGGCGGUAGAUCUGGAGGAGGAGGAGGAGGAGGAAGAAGAAGAACCACAGCAGCUACAAAAACCUGGGGACGAGUUGGACGAGUUUCACGCAGCCCUGCAUAAACUCACAGUGCGUGCCAAUGAAGGUCUCGGUGUGUCUGGCAGCGCACACGACAAUUUGGCGCUUGUCCUGGCACAAUGGAAACCAAUAAGCGAGCUUUUGGAGCUGCCCAGUCUAACCAGCACCUGCAUCAAAACAGGCCAUUACCAGGAGGCUCUGCUAUGUCACGAACACGCCAGGGGUCUGGUGAAUAGAUUUCCAAAUACUACAAUCGUGCGCCAUAUUUCGGACUCAAUCUCACAAGAAAUUACCACCACAAUGUUGCAGGGUUUGGUGAAAAUGCUGCAGCAAAACCUGGGCGCGAACGCUAUGAAAAAAAUUCUGACGUACCUUGCAUCCAUCCCGCCCUUUUCGGCCAAUCCACAAGCGCUGACCCAGGUCUUUCUUACGAUGCGCUACAAAUUUGUUUGCGCAGAGAUGGAUUCUUUCGAGAUCACAGAGCUGGCCAACGACACCAUGCGCGAGCUGCUGGUGAAACGCAAAAUCGAAGCGUUUCGAGAGCAUGUCUACAAUGCGCUCGCGAUUUUGCAGUCCCAGUCCGAACUGUUUAAUACCAAACACCACAACGUCAAAGUAGGCAUUCCGCUUUUGCAAGAAUCCAAAAAACCGGUUGCUACCAACCCACUGACGUUACUAUACGUGCAAAAAUGCUGUGAUUCACUGAUAGAGGCUCUAAAACAGUAUAAAGACUCGCUUUCGGUCUCGGUGUGUCUGCAAUUAGUCUACUGCUCGUUCCGAUUGGCCGACUGUAAUCCCAAUUACCACCAUCUUUUCAUCAAAAAAAUCCACGAGUCGCAGUUGGUCUCUCCGACAGACCUUAACGCUGCGAUGGAAAAACGCCGUGAACUAGCCAACAAAUACUACUAG